ACUGUGAUUAUGAUGAGGUUUUUUUACCUUACGUCUUGGUAGUUUUUAAUAGUUGUAUUCAUUCUCUAAAUCAAACCAGUGUUUAUGAAGGUGGCGAAUCUCCACCUGUGGAAUAUCUAUCCAAGCCUUCAAACUAAGCAGACAUGAAUCACAUUGCUUUUUGCACUAAAACACUCAAGCCUUCAACUCUACUGCAAUUUACGAUGGUGGGAACUCGCAUGGCCGCCGCAGUCGGCGCGAUGACAAUCGCUCACACGAUGCCAGCUUCUGCCCAGAACAUGUCGUUUAACGCCGACAACUUUUACCGCAGCAAUAACGUCACCAUCCAGCCCAUUACGUUCCCGAACCAGUUCAAGAUGAAUGUCGCUGGCAAUCUCUUCACUCCCAAGAACCUCGAUACGAAUGGGAGCGCUCCGGCGAUCAUCGUCGGCCACCCCAUGGGUGCUGUGAAGGAGCAGAGUGCGAACCUCUAUGCCACCAAGAUGGCCGAGCAGGGCUUCGUCACCGUCUCUAUCGAUCUCUCCUUCUGGGGAGGUAGUGACGGAGAGCCGCGUAACGCGGUGUCGCCAGACUUGUACGCCGAGUCUUUCAGUGCUGCGGUCGACUACCUCACUCUGCAGAGUUUCAUCGAUAGUGAACGCAUUGGCGCCCUGGGUAUUUGUGGCAGUGGAUCCUUCGCGAUCAGCGCCGCCAAGAUCGAUUCGCGCAUCAAGGCCGUUGCCACGUCUUCGAUGUAUGACAUGGGCGCCGUAAACCGCAACGGUUUGAGGCACUCUCAGACUGUCGAGCAACGCAAGGAGAUCAUUGACCAGAUGUCCCAACAGCGCUCUAUCGAAACUGCCGGUGGCGAGGUGCAGUACACGAGCGGCACGGUGCACGAACUUACUCCCGACACACCCGAAAUCCAGCGUGAGUUCUACGACUUCUACCGUACGGUGCGAGGUGAGUACACGCCGCCGGGCUCUUCGACCAACGUUACCACCCACCCGACGCUCUCAAGCACUGCGAAGUUCUUGAACUUCUACCCGUUCAACGACAUCGACACCAUCUCACCGCGUCCGCUUCUGUUUGUCACCGGUGACCAAGCACACUCUCGCGAAUUCAGCGAGGAUGCCUACGCCGGUGCGGCUGAGCCCAAGGAGCUAUACCGGGUGGCUGGAGCUGGUCACGUUGACCUCUAUGAUCGUGUCGAUCUGAUUCCUUUCGACAAGUUCACCGAGUUUUUCACGACUGGAUUGGCAGCGAAUGCUACUCAAGGAUAAAUCUACCUGGGCAAUCCUCAGCGAGACAAAGCCAGAAUCCCGUGACAAAACAUGCAGCAUCAAAGUUCGCCAUCGAACUCAUCACACUUCUUCUCUAAAACAAUAAAAAAAGAACGUGUUGCUGCAAUUUUGAUAAAGAACUGCUCCAGACUGGGCUCAUAAACACCCAAUUUGUGGCACGUAGCUUCCAGAAAACGUUGGGCGGGUGCAUGGGUAUGAUUGAAUACAUUAAUGAAUAGGCUACCCAGUCCUAUAAACCGAGCAACAUUAUCAUAACGGAGAAGGGAGCAACG